AUGGUUAGUGCAACAAUAUCUGAAAAGAAUGCUCAUAUUUUGUGUGAAAAGAUGAAGUUAGAAUGGAAUAAUCUUACUAUAAUUAGAUCAUCAUCAUUUGCUUGCCCUCAUAUUUUCUUGCAAGUCCAUGAAAAGAAAAAACCAAAAAAAGAAGCUAACUAUAGUCAAGUAGUUGAGGAAAUUAACAAAACUUCCACCGGAAGAUGUAUAGUUUAUUGUGCAACACCUAAAAUUUGUGAAGACCUCAAAAUUUAU